UUUAUUACACCAUCAUCGUAGCUGCCUCACAGGAUGCCUGCAGUGGCAUGAGGAGUCCUCCCUCCAGAGUUACCAUGGAGCCCUGUCCACCCACAAACGUGAAGGCGAAUGGUACCUGUAAGGAUCACGGGGCAGUGGUGUCCUGGACUCCUUCUCCGAUUGCUGAAACCUACCAUGUUGUUGCUGAGGCUGCAGAUGGACACACACAUACCUGCAACACCAGCUCCACCAUCUGCAGCUUGUCAGGGCUCCACUGUGAUGAGCAGUAUACAGUGUUUGUGACUGCUAGCCACGAGAACAGCUCCAGCAAAGCCAGUCAAAAUGUAACACUGAACACAGGCCUUUGCCAGCCAAGUGGACUCUCAGUUACUUUCCAGUGUAACAAUCAGUCUGCGAUGCUGACGUGGACCCCGAGUGCAAAAGCUAAAGACUACUACGGCCGUGCUCAAGCUGGAAAUGGAGACAUGCUUUACUGUCACAGCGCAAACCCCAGCUGUGUUAUCAGUGGCCUCGAAUGUGGAACUGUUUACAAUUUCUCUGUCCAGGCCUCAGAUGGGAUGUGCAACAGCUCCUCCAGUGAUCCCGUGCAGAUUGAAGCAGUUCCCUGUCCUCCAGAUAUUCUUGAGGUGCAGCUGUUCCCGAUGCAGGAGGAGAUCCAGGUGAUGCGCUUCACCUGGACACAGAUUACCUGUGACGACACCGACUACUCGCUGACUUUAACAGGAAGUCUGCUGGGAGACAGCCAUGCCCUGUUUGAGCUUUCUUCCUACUGGACAAAUGUGACAUACUUUGAGUUUCCUCUCCCCUGCAGUUCAGAUUACACUGCCACGAUGAAGAGCAGGAACUCUGCAGGCAUCAGCAACACAUCCAUGCCUGUUUAUGGAGAAACAGCUCCUUGUCCACCAUCAGAAGUGGUGUACAGUGGAAACGGCUCCUUUGCCACAAUUUCAUGGAAUGCUUCAGUGUUUGCUAUCAACUACACUGUGCAUGACAACAGUGUAACACCAAGGGUCCAGCUGUGCAGAACUACAGGGCUGUCCUGCUCUCUGUACAACAUCGCUUCCACUGACCUGGUGAUCACCGCCAGCAACGCUGCUGGAGAAAGUGAAGCAACAAAUGUCACAAAAGUGGUAACAGCUGUGCGCAAGAGACGAGAUCUCAGAGAAGAAAUGUCAAUGAAUGGAAGCAUCUCAGCUCCCGUGUUGGAUAUCACACACGCAACGCCGACAGUCAUUUUUAUUGAGUGGUCUAAAGUGAAGCCUGCUUCCUUUUACAGCCUGCUGGUCAUAAAGCAAGGCAGCGCCUACGAGCAUCAUCACCUGACAGUUUAUGGGGAGAGCAUCAUACUCACUGAUCUGAGCCCAAACUCCACAUACUGUUUCUCUGUGUUGGCCAUUUACUCAGACACUAGCGGGCCAGAGUCUGAGCCCAUAUGCAUGCGAACAGAUCAAGGGCUUCCACAAUAA